AUGGAAUCGUCUUCUUAUAUUGAAGAUAUCAAUCGAGGUUGCCGUUUGGGCGAUGUUUCAGUUCUCCAAGAUAUAUUUCAGAAGUUUCCUCAAUACCUUAACCAAAAAGACACCAAACUUGGCUGAGCUCCAUUAUAUCGCACAGUUAUAUGUGGACAUGAAGCUGCUUCUAAAUUAUGCUGUGAUGAAUUAAAUAGUAAUAGUUUAUAAAAAUAGAUGGUGUGUAUAUAGAAAGCAUACAUAUGCCAAAUUCAGCAUCCCACCACUUACUUUUAGAUUUAGGUGCAGACCCAAAUGUGAAAACUAAUAUUGGGGAAACAGCUCUUCAUCAAGCUUCUGCCAAUGGCCAAUAUAAAAUUGCCAAAAUGCUAUUAACCUACAAAGCAGACCCAAAUUCACAGCAAAAUGAUGGUGACACUCCUCUUCAUUUGGCUGCUUUCAAAGGAGAUAUUUUAAUGGUAAAGCUGCUGCUGAAAUUUAAUGGCGACCCAAAUGUAUCAAAUUAUGUUUUUGGUAGGACACCUUUGCAUUAUGCAGUUGACUAUGGGCAUAAAGAAGUAGCAAUGCUUUUAAUGAAAUGUUCAGCAUCGACAACUAUCAAAGAUAUGAGUGACAAAACGCCCCUGGACUUAGCCAAGAGCAUUGAUUUUUCUCAUUUCAUCUGCGAGAUGGGGCUAUCUGAUAAAGAAGACAGUUUUGGUGAAGAUUUUAGGAAUGGCGUAUCUACACCUGAUUUAAUCGACCCUGAGCCAUGAAUGGCUAAAGUUCCCCUUGAAAAGUCCUUGACAAUGCCCUACACAUCUGAGAGACCCACUGCUUGUACAGAUUGGAACUCAGAAAAAGGUGGAAAGCUGAUCCCAGAGCUGAAACUUGAUUCCAUUGUGUCAAGCAAGCUUGAAAAAGAGCCUGCAAAGAUUUCUUCACAUGCAAGAAGUGUUAGUACUUUAUUUGAGCCAGAUGCUGAAAAAUCCGAUUGCGAUCUAAGUAAUUUGACUCCUCAAAAAAAAUUCAGGGCAGCAUCAUUUGGAGGAACUGAUAGGAGACCAGAACUGUAUCUAUGGACAGUCAAUUACAAAAUUGAAGAGCUGUUUGAUAUUUUAGUAUCAGCAGGUUAUGAUGAUGUAGGCCAAAUGAGUUCAGCAAUGAAUUCUUCGAUGCCAAUUACAGAGAAAAUAUUGGCAAGUAUAGGGAUUACGAAGCCUGGACUUAUAAGAAGACUUCUGGCUUCUUUAGACGAAGAGUCCAGAGUAGGAGGCAAAUCUACAAGACGCCUGAUGAAGCAGCAGGCCACUAGCUUUUGAAAAUGCUGUGUGGCACCUGCCCAGCCGAUUCAAGGAAUGAUCAAUACACCUAGUUUACGAAGCUGACUUGACAGCUUAAACUUAGGAAUAUAUUACCAAGUCUUUAUCGAUGCCGGAUAUGAUGAUAUGGAGCAUAAUCUUACAUUAAUGAACACAAGAUGGCCAAUAACUGAAGAAAUCCUUAUAAAAGACCUAAACAUCUCAAAGCCUGGACAUAGGCAUAGAAUCCUUUCGAGACUGAAAGAAGACGCGCUAGGAAUGGAUACCAUGAAAAGGACUUCAGGCGGCGUUUCAAGCAGGAGUCGCAAAGAAGACGGGCCAAUUGAAAAGACUCCAAGUGAAAAUGGCUUUUGCGGAAUAAUGUAA